UUCCUAGAGCAGUGCAGGAGGAGCUCACUGUUUCCCAGACCUUCGAGUUGGAGUAUUCAAAGAAAUUGUACCUAUGGGCAUUGAUCCAAAUAUAGUGUCUUAUAAAGAAACUGGAAUCCAUUUAUCCCCUCAAGAAUUUCAUAGAGAAGUAGAACAGUAUUUGUCUCAGGCCAGUCAAGGACAAAGUGAUACCAUCUUGCUGGACUGUAGGAACUUCUAUGAAAGUAAAAUCGGACAUUUCCAGGGCUGUCUGGCUCCAGAUAUCAGGAAGUUCAGCUAUUUUCCCAGCUACGUAGAUGAAAACCUGGAGCUUUUUAAAGACAAGCGUGUCCUGAUGUACUGCACAGGAGGGAUUCGUUGUGAAAGAGGCUCUGCUUACCUACGGAGCAAGGCAGUGUGCAGAGAGGUUUACCAGCUAAAAGGUGGAAUUCACAAGUACCUGGAAGAGUUUCCAGAUGGAUUCUACAGGGGGAAGCUGUUUGUGUUUGAUGAUCGUUACGCCAUUCAUUCCAAUGAAGAUAUCAUCUCAGCAUGCAGAUACUGUGGGACACUGUGGGACCAGUAUAAACUUUGUUCCAGCCAGCACUGCCGGCAGCUUGUCCUGACAUGUCCAAGUUGUCGCAACAAAGGUCUUACAGCUUGCUGUCCUGUUUGUCAAGAGAAAGAGCUAAAGGUGACUUCGCGAGCUUCAGGACAGACACUUAAGGAGGAAUGUGAAUGCACAAGGAGACGGCCAAGGGUACCUGUAGAACGUGUCUCGCAAAGGACACUGGGCGCUGGAAAAGAUUAAACUGUUUCAUUAGCUAAUCUGACACAUGCUAAUCCAAAGGGCUUCUAUCCCGAUCUGUUAUUCAGUGAGGUUUGGAAAUAAUGAAAAUGCGGUGGCUUGAAAAGUCUUGUU